AUGACCGGCUCCUGCUGUGGCUCCUGCUGUGGCUCCCCCUGCUCCUCCCUGAGCUGCGGGGGCGACUGCUGCCAGCCCUGCUGCUGCCGCGACCCCUGCUGCUGCCGCCCCGUGUCCUGCCAGACCACCGUGUGCCGCCCCGUGACGUGCGUACCGCGCUGCACCCGCCCCAUCUGCGAGCCCUGCCGCCGGCCCAUCUGCUGCGACGCCUGCGCCCUGCAGGAAGGCUGCUGCCGCCCCAUCGCCUGCUGCCCCACGUCCUGCACGGCCGUGGUGUGCCGCCCCUGCUGCUGGGCCUCCACCUGCUGCCAGCCCAUCUCCGUGCAGGCGCCCUGCUGCCGCCCCCCGUGCUGCCAGCCUGCCGCCUGCCGCACCACCUGCAGGUCCUGCUGCUGCUGA